UCCGUCGUUCUGUGUGGCCUUUACCUGUAAUCUAUAAACUAGACAUUCAGAUAAGAGAAUCAUAAUCACGGAAUAAGGUUCAUGACAUUCUCUUUAAAUAAGAAACUUAGUUUUUUUCAUUUAUGAGCGGCAAUAUUUUAAUUUUACAUUGUUGUUAUAUAAAAUGUCUUUUCUAAAUAUAAAUUAUUUUUGUUUAGGUUCUAAAAUGGUAUUAAAAAUAAACCUCACUCAAUCUCUUUUUUGUCGCACACGAUACGUUUCAACAAAAGAUAAAAAAAAAUAAUAUAGAUAUUGUUUGUGUUAAGUAAGUUUAACGAUUGCUAUCUGUAUCUACACAUAGGCGUAACUUAAAUUAUUGCCGACCGGACCGGGUAAAGUUUUCUGCUCUAUUGUACAUAAAAAGAACUCGACACUUGGCCAAAAUAUGUCACCCCUAUAUAUAAGGCAAAUGUAGCGGCCCAUCACCAUCCCCAUUAAGCCCCAUGUCUCUACACAAUCCAAUCAUGUAUCUAAACAUGUCUUUAAAAUAAGUCCCAGGAUAGGUUACUUCAUGUAAAGUGUAUCUACGCAAGUAAUAGUUUUUAACCUGACCUUGUUGACGUGGCUAAGUAGAAGAAAGUGAUAUAUACCAAGGCGGACGGAGAUAAGCUUUUGUUUUUACUCCAGACAUUGUGGAGACACCACCUGCCCUCAGAUCUAGCCGCUACUUCAAGGUCUGUCUAAGGCUUUGAGGGAUUCGUUCGGAGCUGAUUUUAUUGUUGCAGACCAGCUACCCCGGAGUUUCGAUCAUCAUGGAGUGGCAGGCGUUUAUUUUAGCCGUCAUGGUGAUGGUGGUGGACAUGAAAACCUUGGAACCAGAAAACCAAAUUGAAAAACGUAAGUCACUUAAAACAAGAUUUCAUUUAAAUUCGGUCAAGUUUUAUUGUCUCUGAGAGAAAUAUUCAAGUAACAUUGUUUGACUUUCGCGAACCACACUGCGCUAACAAUGUAGCCUACAAACUUGACCAGAUCAGUUGGUAGGUUAAAAAUCUUACCACUGAAAUGGUUAUGUCUUACCCUUCGAUUAGAGACGAUGAGCAAUACAAUAGUCAUUGGUUUCACAAAAUCAACUUGGUUGAGGGUGUCCUAUAAAUUGUUGGUGGCUGGAUCGCCUUUGCUGCAUCAUCUAAGUGAGCGCGCGAAAGAAAUCGAAUCUCUCAGAAGGAAUGAGAAGCUCCUCAGUAACAACCAUUAUUCUUGUAAAUUCUCUUAGAAUGACAUGUGUUGGUCUCAAAUACUCUUCAAGAAGUAUUCACUUUUCGUGUAACAUUCGGAUUCAGGACUGUACAAUUUAAGAAUUUCAAGGCAUUUUUGUCAAAGCUAAGCUUAAAAGUACGUUUUUAUCCGCUAGACAGUAGUUGACUAGAACGACAUAGGAAAACAAUCUUAAAGUUUUUGAUAGAAAGCAAAAGAGAUAAAUUGUAAUCGUUGUUUAUGUGAAGAAAUAAAGCUAGUCUAAAAUAAUUUUCACGGUGAAGAAUAUAUUUUACUGCCUUGACAUAUCUGACAGAAAAUUGUGGAUAUAUGAAUGAGGAGUGCCGUGUUAUUGACGGUACUGGAUUCUACAAUGUGUGAUGCUGCUUGAAGGCAGAUAUACUGCAAAAAUCAGUAGUAUCAGAUUCUUCUUCUAUAUUUUGGGGAUUAAAGAUCAAUAGUUUGACAAUUCUAGCUUACUUGUUUGUAGAGGGGCUCGCCAUGCAACUGCGCAUGAUGUUGAAGAGAAUACAUCACAGUUGAUGUAAUUUAUGUGAUAGUUAAAAAAGCAGAGGGGGUUGGGAGGAGGAACAUGAGGAUUCAGAUUUACUUUUGCAUGAGUUUUGAUGAAAAUAUCGAUCAACACAUUGUUUCGUUAGAAUAUUACUUUUGUAAGCUUCACUUGUAUCAGACAUUGAAGUAUUCCGACAGAUGCCGAUCUCUACAUAUGUGUAUUUUUUCCCCAUGAAUCGGUCGAUACCAUCUUCAAAUGUAUAAUAAAUUCAGCGAUUCUAUUUCAAAAUUUAAAAAACACUUUAGUAUAGACUUAAUUAACACUCAAUAAAGUUUUACAAAUGUACUUGUUUUUUUUUUUUAAAGAAAUUAUCAAAUUACAAGACGAUACAAUUUUUCCCUUUUAACCGUUGUUUAAUAUCUUGAGCAUUUUUAAAUUUCGCAUAUGAUCCUUUGUCUUCUAGUUUCUUUACCAUGUAAUUUAUAUACUGUUCAUAUAAAUAUGUGUACUUUUGAAUUAAUAUAAUAAAUCUCAGAAGGAACACCCCUUGUGUUAACAGAUAACUGGUAAAAGCUUGACCCACACAAGAUUAUAACACACUAAAUAUUGAAUUUAAAAUGAGGGUUAAAUAUCUAAAAAGAAACCUUCUCCAUAAAUGUGUUUUUCAGGUGCUGUUGUAUGUUAUGACAAUUAUGGAUGUUUUGCGUCAGAGGGACCUUUUGGAAUCAGUGCUGAAAGACCCUUGGUUCUAACUCCACAAUCACCUGAUAAAGUUGGGUAUGCACUUUUAUCUAUUUUGUACUGAACUUUAUAUAUAUACAGAGAAAAAGAGAGAGAGAGAGAGAGAGAGAGAGAGCGAUAGAGAAUCUGAAUUAAAAGCUGAAAAAUCUGUUUUUUAUUUUGAAUUACAUGUCCUUCAUUGUCCACAUACUUAUGUAUCUCAUAACAUUUGCAAUAAUGCUGAUGUAACGCUUGCAUUUCUCAGAGUGGUGUUCAAACUGUACACACGGGAGUACAAGACCACGUCCCAAGACUUGCAAGCCAUUCAUGUCAGCAAUGCUGCCACAACCUUGUCCCACUUCAAAGCAAGACCCACCAAGAUCCUCGUGCACGGAUUCCUGGACAACCCAGCACUCACGAGUUGGCAAAAGGUUAAACUACUCCUGAUCUUGUCCAGCUACAAUUUUAUUAGUCAAGUGACUUUAACAUCAAUGAACACACUGCUUGUGAAGCAUUGCUUUCUUUCUAAAUCUAAAAGACAUGUUAAUUAGUAUUUAAUAUCUAGAAUAAGUGUGUAGAUUAAAUUACAUGGAAUGCGUAUUUUGUGUUUGAAAAUAUGUACAUAUAAAUACUCAUGAGAUAUAAAUGGUUACACGAUAAAUUAUUCAUGCUUCAGGACCUAAAAGACCAGUACCUCAAGUUUGCUGACUACAACGUAAUUAUUGUGGACUGGUCAAAGGGGAACCUACCCCCUUACACCCAGGCGACAGCCAACACAAGAAUUGUCGGUGCUGGAAUCGCCUUGUUGGUCAAGGAACUCAUCGUAAGUCCCGGAAAUAUAAAAAUUGUGAAAUUUUUCAUCUUCGUAUCUUAUAGACUAUAAAAUUUAAAAGGUCUUAGUUGAAAAGAUCUUCUUAGGGGUUUAAACUUAAAGCAUUACUUUUAAAACAAUAUUUUAAAAAACAAAUUAAAAUAGGAAAACAAAUUAUUGGAAAACCCGAAAAAAUUAAGGCUAAACAAAUAUCACGUUUUUUGCAUUCUUUUUUUUUAGGUGGGGGGGGUGGGGUGAGAUGGGGGGGGGGUUCUAAUACUUCAUGCUUCACUCAUAUCUCUUUUUCCUAAACCGAUUGCAAUCUCUCUCCUUUUUUACCAUUUAAAACAAAACCUUGCAAAAAUUUCCAUUUUUUUUUAAAAAUAUUGUUUGAACCUUAAAAAAAAAAAAAAAAAGUUAGAUUAUAUUCUUAUAACCAAUUGACGGUCUAGAAGAUUUCAAACAGAAACAACCGUCACAAUAGACCUAGGUAAAUCAAAUAUAGAACACCCUACACUGUCUUGUUGACUGUUUUAUAAUUUUAAAAGAACUAGGUCAUCACGUUUAAGGAAAGAUUUUUUAUCAACAAAUAUUUUAAUCAUUCAUCACAACAUUGAACACUAUCAGGCACGAGGUCUAACAUUGACAUUCACGCAUAUUUAUUGAUAUAUAACCGCAUUUAGAAAAGCAAAGGCGUCACGGCUGCUGACUUUCACAUCAUUGGUCACAGUUUGGGCUCCCAUAUUUCUGGUUACGCAGGCGAGAGGAUCCCAGGCCUCGGCAGAAUUACAGGUAACAAAGACGGUCGGUUGACUUAGAGUUUGAUCCAUUGAUAUUUUUUUUCUCACCCGUAGAGCUUCAGUUUAAAUGUUGGACUUUACAAAAUUUGGUAUAAAAAGAACAAACCAGGUUCAAAAUUACAACUCGCACUCAGGAACUCAACAGUUAUUCUUACUGUAAAAAUAAUUGGACAAAGGUCUUGAAAAAGACCAAUUUUAAAGAGCAACGAAAAUAACGAACACGUGUUUUCAAGACCGAAAAUAAAUAUACGUACGAUAAAAAAAAAUCCAUUUCAUUUUUUGACCCUUCCAAAAAUAUCUUAUCUUAUCUUACGUAAUGCGUAUUGUGUUCCACAAAAACGUGUUACAUGCAUAGUUACAGUGAAUAUUUGUUUUGUUAUUGAAAAGGUCUUGACCCAGCUGGUCCAUAUUUUGAGAACACCGACCCAGUUGUAAGACUUGACCCCUCUGAUGCUGUCUUCGUCGAUGCCAUACACUCUGACGGAGAGUCCCUGCUCGUGUUAGGUCAGGUAUUGGUUUAUUCUUUACGCUCAAAAAAGUGUGCAUAUUUUUAAAGGCUAAAUGUAACGAUAGCAGUGCAAUCUUGAAAACGAAUGUUUCAUGCAUAUCUUCGUUUUAAAAGAAAAAACUUAAUUCCCGUUGUUACUUUUGUCCAUUUAGGUUUGGGAAUGAAACAAGCUGUAGGUCAUCUUGACUUUUAUCCUAACUUGGGACGAGACCAGCCAGGCUGCACGAGAAAUCCAUUCACAAAUAUCGCUGAGUGGGGACUAAUCCAAGGUAUGUUCUUAAACUGAAGUAACGUGAAGUCAAAUAUAUUCAACGUUUCAUUAAAAUACCACAGUACAAAACAACAGAAUUAAAAAAAAAAAAUAAAAUAAAAUAAUACUCCAGAGAUAUAAAUAUACUGAGUACACUUUUCUUGUAAUCCCUAUACAACUUAGGUACCACAGAGGUCGUGGCUUGCAAUCACUUCAGAAGUGUUCACUUCUUCAUUGAAAGUGUCAACUCCCCAUGUCCUUUCAUGGGCUAUGUCUGCAACAACGAAGCCGAUUUCUCUGUAAGUAAACUCUUAAGGAACAAAGACGCAAAAGAAAAAGAAAAAAUUACCACAAAAAUUUAAAAAAAAAUAAAUUACAAAAGCAAAAAAAAAUACAAACAAUAUAGGUAAAUAAGCAUCAACAAAAACAGUAAAUAGUUAUAAAAAAUACAAAACACUCUAAUUGUAAAUUAUUAUUUUUUCGAUGUUUAAGUUUCGAUACUGUUUUAUAGGUUCUGAUGAAAAUACAUAUAUUCAUGUACUUAGCAAAACGAUAUUAUAUGUUUGUUUUAGUGUAUUUAGUUACGUCCCAUGAAUUAACUCUUUCAAACAAUUCAGGAAAUGUUAAUCCUAAAUUUGAUUUAUUUGAAACAAGUAUACAUGAUGCUAUAUAAUAUAAUUCUAUAAAAUUUUGAGGACAUUGUUUAUUUUCAUACAUCAAGUAAUUAAUCAAAAUGUUUUAUAGAGUGGUAAAUGCAAUGAGUGUGGGGUCACUGGGUGCGCCUUCAUGGGAGCUCAUGCUGACAGAAGCAUCCCACCAAGAAAUACGCACAGACACGUGUACAUGUCAACAGCCUCUCAUCAGCCAUUCUGUCGUAAGUUUUCUUUUUCCCACUCCCCCCAAAUGAAUCAGCCAUUCUGUCGUAAGUUUUCGUUUUCCCACUUCCCCCAAAUGAAUCAGCCAUUCUGUCGUAAGUUUUCUUUUUCCCACUCCCCCCAAAUGAAUCAGCCGUUCUGUCGUAAGUUUUCUUUUUCCCACUCCCCCCAAAUGAAAUGUUACAUUAAGAAAUGGCGUCAGCGGGGCGAGUCUAGACUCCUAUGCCCCCCCCCCCAAAUUACCCCUCCCCGGUCCAACGUAUCGGGCCGCGGAGCGGCACGUUGAAGAUGCCCACUGGUCAGGACGGCCCCCACACGGGCCCUUCACCCAAGUCCCCCGCCUGGGCGCUCGACCAGGACCCCGCCUGGGGGCCACCCCAACGAGUAGGCACCCGGUCGAUCCGACACUAUGCGUUUAAACAGUAAACUCGAUUGACCUUCUCAGGAGUUGGGAUGGAAAGAUUUAUGUCCUAAUAUCUCCCCCCCACCCAUCCCGGGAAAGCGUCGGACGCCCUAUAAGAGGGAUUCCACAGUGGCCUUCCACAACGCGACUAGUUCACGCCAUAGCUGGGACGAAACGGUUGCCUACGGCAGCGUUCUCACGGCUGCAUUAUUUGAAUCCUCGGCCAGAGGUUACCACCCUCGCCUCUGGCCUCAUACCCGUCAACGGCAACUUGUAAUCAUGAUCCCUACCCUGGCUCUGCCUAACUUUCCGACUGCGAAAUAUCACAACCGGCAGCCCUGUGGGAGCUGUUUUAUGUACGGCAGGUACCGAGCACACCCUUUGUCUGCCCACGCGGGGCGUGCCCAGUAGUUAUGUUUCCAGGCAAACGCCGAGGGGGUCGGUGGCCGACGCUUCCUAAUCGGCAAGCCACCACAGACUUGUCAACCGGAAACCUGGAAACCCCCCCCCCUUCCCCAAAUGAAUCAGCCGUUCUGUUGUAAGUUCUCUUUCUCCCACUCCCCAAAUGAAUCAGCCGUUCUGCUGUAAGUUCUCUUUCUCCCACUCUCCAAAUGAAUCAGCCGUUCUGUUGUAAGUUCUCUUUCUCCCAAUCCCCAAAUGAAUCAGCCGUUCUGUUGUAAGUUCUCUUUCUCCCACUCCCCAAAUGAAUCAGCCGUUCUGUUGUAAGUUCUCUUUCUUCCACUCCCCAAAUAAAUCAGCCGUUCUGUUGUAAGUUCUCUUUCUCCCACUCCCCAAAUGAAUCAGCCGUUCUGUUGUAAGUUCUCUUUCUGGGUGAGGGGUUUACUUAGUCGGCAAGACAACAUUCAAGAGAAUCUCCCACUCCCCAAAUGAAUCAGCCGUUCUGUUGUAAGUUCUCUUUCUCCCACUCCCCAAAUGAAUCAGCCGUUCUAUUGUAAGUUCUCUUUCUCCCACUCCCCAAAUGAAUCAGCCGUUCUGUUGGAAGUUCUCUUCCUCCCACUCCCCAAAUGAAUCAGCCGUUCUGUUGUAAGUUCUCUUUCUCCCACUCUCCAAAUGAAUCAGCCGUUCUGUUGUAAGUUCUCUUUCUCCCACUCCCCAAAUGAAUCAGCAAUUCUCACGUAAGUUUUCUUCCCCGCCACUCAAAUCAAUCAGCCAUUCUGUCAUAAGUUUUUUUUUCCCCAAUACCCCUCAAGUCAAUCAUCGAUUCUGUCAUCAGUUGUUGUCCCCCGCUCUCGUCUAAUCAAUCCCAUUGUAAAGCAUCUUUAGAUUUCUUCUACAUCUCAAAAUGUUUCUACAUCCACUUAAGUGUAAUGGGAAUUUCAUUUCUUUAUGUAAAGUACAAAAAGACAUUAAAUUUACACACAACAGUGUUUGUCAUUUCCAGCCAAUGAAAAUGUCACAGCGCAUUGCGUAAUAUUACAGUCUUUAAAAAUAUUUUCGUAAAACAUUGCGUUAAAAAUAUAUAUUUUCGCAAAUAUACAGCGAUAAAAAUUUGGUUUCUAAAAUUUUUCUUAAAUAUAUGAACUUGUAAACACGUUUUCAUCUAGAUUAAGAUCCACUUUGCUGGCUCAAAUUAAUGUAGAGGUACCGAAGAUCUGUUGAGAUAUUGGCCAAAUAGAAUAUCGGGAUGCUUUUUUUAAUAUCUUAAUGAUAUUGGCAAGACUGUACACCCGGAUGUUCUAUUAAUGGAUGUCCACCAUUAAAUGUGAAAUCCUAUUUUAAAGAAUAUACAUAUAUAUAUACAUAUAUAUUUAAAAAUAAUAUACCAACAUUUUUAGAUACAAAAAUACUUGUGCGAUUGGCAAGAACAAAAAAAAUAUUUAAUGAAAAUAAAAUAUAUGGUUAAUGAAAAUAAAAUAUGUGGGUUAAAAUGUAUUUCUUUUGAUAAUGAUUGACGCCGUUGCAGUUGGCAGGCAAAUGUUUCACAGCAAUAGUGCAUGAUAAAUAGUUUCCAUUUAGCUUAUGCUGUCAAGAAUUUUACAACAAAUACAUUUGUAACAAAUUAAUGUUCCCUAAUUUAAACCUCCAGUAAAAUAAACAUUCGUGUUACUUAUUUCCAGAAUUCCACAUGGACAUUACCGUGAAGCUGUCCUCGGGAACUGGUCAGAUUGAGAGAGGCCAGCUGUCCGCUGUGUUUACUGGGGAGAAAGGAACAACCACGAAGAUCCAACUGAACAGCAGGUCAGAAGUUCUUCUCAUUCAAACGAUAUCAGAGUCUGCGUUGUGUUUAAGGGAAAUGUUUAAAAACUUGGAAUAUCACUACAAAUAAGCGUUUAGCCUAGUUUGCUAUAGAUAUCAUGAGAGCUUCUUGGUCGGUUCUUAUUUUUUUUGGAGCUUGGCAUUUCUACAACCUAUUACACUUGCAAAAAAAUGUAUUUUGACAUGUAGAUAAGUAUAAAAGGUGCCACCUUCCGCAGGUUUAUAAUCACUAAUCUCACCUUUGGGUACAUACUUAUCAUAUUUUUACGUUAAAUAUACCAUUGUAAUAACGGAUAGAGACUGAAAUCAGGUUGCGUAAAAUAAAUGAGAGAAAGAAAGUGUGGAAAAAAAUUGCGAAAUUCCUUUUCCUGUCAUGACGGAUACUACAUGGCAGCUAUUGUCUGUAGUUUUUUUUUUUAAUUUUGUUUACAUUGUUUUUACUGUUGUUGAUUAACUAAAGGGCUACGUGAUGAUACCUUGAUUGUUUUGAUGCGUCCUUUUUCUGAAAGUUUUCCCAUACUUUGUUUUCACUAAUUUUGUUUACGAUAAAUAUGCCUAUAACCAAAAAAAAAAAUCAUUUAAAAUAUAAUUAAUUAAAAAAAAAUCUUAACAGUUUAAACACAACCAAACAAUAAAUUUAGCUCAGAAAAAACUUUCCUCAUCACAUAACGUGUUUUCAAUGCUAAAGUUGAACUUUAUAAUGUUCAAUUUUAAAUACUGAAUGUUCAUAAAUUAAUUAUGUAUCCUUUUCUUUCAGUCCCAUCGACUUCAACAUCGGCAGCGUCCACCACUUCAAUGUGGCCACGCCAUCAGACAUAGGCAACAUCCGGUCUGUGACACUCUCUUUCAACCACGUAGCACCUCUUCUCAACCCUUUCCAGUGGAACCUCCUGGGACUGAGAGACCCCAAACUUUAUAUAGACGAGAUCGAUGUGGACAGACAGGAAGCCAAUGUUAAGUGAGUACAACAGAGUGCACGUAGCUUUAUGUGUGUGUGGGGGGGGGGGUCUUCUCAACCCCUUCCUUUGGAAAAUCCUUGGACUAAUAGACCCCAAACUUUAUAUAGAUGAGAUCGAUAUGGACAGACAGGAAGCCAAUGUUAAGUUAGUACUAUAGAGUGCGCGUAACUUUGUUGGGGGUGGGGGGUCUUCUCAACCCCUUCCAGUGGAACUUCUUGGGACAAAUAGACCCCAAACUUUAUGUAGACGAGAUCGAUGUGGACAGUCGGAAGGCCAAUGUUAAGUGAGUACAACAGAGUGCACGUAACUGAAUGGUUGAGGGGGGGGGGUUAGAAAAAACCGUAUUACUCUAAAGAAAAAAGAAUCAUUAUUUUGUACACCAAAAUAAGUUCAUUUAAUCUAUAUGACCACUUAUACAAAAUCAAAGCUAAUAUUUGGACUCUUUUUGAAAUGCAUUUAAUUCACCAAAAUUUGAUACUCAUUAAAAUGUGAGUUUACAAUUUAAACAUAUGCAUGUAUUUCCUUCUCACUGACUUGUGCACACCGAUUUGUGUACAGCGAAUUGUGUACUCGGAAGUCGCUUGAUUAAACAUACAUUCGGUCAUUCGCUAAUGACACAGAUAUUCAUUUAAGCAAAGAGUAAAUUAUUAUGAAAUAACGUGCUUGUUUUAGAACCUUUGGCCUGGCAGUUUUUGGGGAUAGAAUAUUAGAUUUAAUAAUAUACAAUUCAUUGUUUUUUGUUUUUGUUUUUUUUGUCUGGUUAGAAAACUAUGAUAAAAUAAUGUAAUAACAUGGUCGUUGGUAUGUCUUCUCCAGGUCUCGUCUAUGUGGCAGCGGUAUCACCGUUGAAACAGACAAGUCCAUAGUUUUAAACAAGAGUUGUUAGAAAUCUAGACAGCAUACAAGUGCAGCAGGUGUAAUUAAUGAUGGAUGUAAUGCGGUCAAUAAAGGUGUAUAGGUUGCCAUCAAUGAGAAAGAGCGUUAUGGUCAUGGCUUCCUAAUUGGUGUCAUUUCAUUUAAUGUCAAUAAUGUGCACGCAUUUAAUAACCGGUCUAGUAUUAAACCAAAAUAACUGCUAGAUUAAUGUCAAUGUAUUGCACACUCAUACUUGUGUAUGGCAUAAUCAUACAAUUUAACGACACACUUAUACUUUUUUAUCACAAACUUAUACAUGUAUGUUACACACUCAUAAUGUUUGUGUCAUACUUAUACAUGUGCAUGACACCUUCAUAUGACACUCAUUCAUGUUAUUUUUUUAAUAUUUUUUAAAUAUUUUUUUUACAAUAAAGAUCCGAAAUAACUAAAGUAAUGAGCACAAAAUCAGAUCUGUUUUCUUUCCCAAAUGCAUAUAAUUUCUAUUUCUAUUCUUUUUUUUUUAAAUAGUAACUUUAAUAGUAAUACUAUUAUCUUCAAGUUGACUAUUGCAACUUAGACAAUGGUAUCAAUAUCAUUGAGUUAAAACAUAUUUAAAAAAACAUUUAUUAAGAUUUCUUAGACAAAACACAAAGUGUCUUUCAGUACAUGAAAGUACAUCAAGUAAAGAGAAGAUAAUGCCAGCCAGCGCCUUAUAAGAAAUCAUAAUGCAUAUAGUAGUUCGUGACUUACUACAUCUUAAGAUAAGAACAUACUGAAAUGAAAUUAGAUGACCGUGUUCUUUUGUUUUCUUUUAUUAAUUAUCUGAAAAUGUCAUUUUAAAUAAAAGUAUGCCAAGGACAACAGAACAUUUUUAAAGAAUUAACCAAAGAUUAUUGAGUUAAACACGAGGACUAACAUUUCCGGACUAACUUUAAAAGACUAACAAUAAAAGACUAACAUUACAGGACCAACAUUAAAAGACUAAGAUUUCAUGACUGACAUUCAAAGACUAACAAUUUAGGAAUAUCUUUUAAAGACUAAUAUUACAGGACUGACAUUUAAAAAUUAACAUUACAGGACUAACAUAAGAAGACUAACAUUACAGUACAAAUGUUAAACGACUAAAAUUACAGCACUAAUAUUAAAGAAUACAAUUUAAGGAAAACUGUAACAUAACGCACGAUAAUAGUACAAUGAUUAAUUUUUUUUAAAGAUAUUUUAAAUAAGGUAGUUGGACAUUUUAACAUUUAAAGAUAG